AUGGAUUAUGAUAUGCAGGGUACUCAAAACUAUGGCCCAGGACCACAAGGCUCCGGUUUUGGUGGCAAUGGUGGUGGUAAUGGACAAGAGUACGUGGUUUUCGAUAGGUCCACUGAGGGGUUUUCUAAAGGCACUUUGGAUAGAUCUACUGCAGCAAAAUUGAAAUUAGAACACUUUUAUAAACUUGAAAAAGAGGACUGUUCGGAAGAACGAAAGAACAGACAACUUCAGUCACUUGGACGUAAAGAAUCGAAUUUUUUAAGACUUAAAAGAACAAGGCUGGGGUUAGAAGAUUUUGAUACAGUCAAAGUGAUCGGUAAAGGCGCGUUUGCCGAACGUGAUGUUCUUGCCGAAUCGGAUUCUCCAUGGGUGGUUCAAUUAUAUUAUUCUUUCCAAGAUGCAUCAUAUCUUUAUCUUAUUAUGGAAUUUCUACCCGGGGGUGACUUGAUGACCAUGUUAAUUAAAUACGACACUUUUUCGGAGGAUGUAACAAGAUUUUAUAUUGCUGAAUGUGUCCUGGCCAUUGAGGCAAUCCAUAAAUUAAAUUUCAUUCAUCGAGAUAUUAAGCCUGAUAAUAUUUUGAUUGAUAAAGAUGGUCACAUUAAAUUAUCUGACUUUGGUCUUUCUACGGGUUUUCACCGAACACACGACUCUCAAUACUAUCAACGACUUUUGGAUGGAAAUCUCAAUAGUGCUGGUCAUAGACAAUUAGGCAGUGAAGCUAAUAUUAACUUAACAUUGUCAAGUAAAGACAGAAUCGCUACAUGGAAAAAAAAUCGAAGAGCAUUGGCUUAUUCUACUGUAGGUACUCCUGACUAUAUUGCACCCGAAAUUUUCCUACAGCAGGGCUAUGGUCAAGAAUGUGAUUGGUGGUCACUCGGUGCUAUUAUGUUUGAAUGUCUGGUUGGUUAUCCUCCGUUCUGUAGUGAAAGCGCCCAUGAAACUUACCGAAAAAUUAUUAACUGGCGAGAUCAAUUAUAUUUUCCUGAUGAUGUUCAUUUGAGCCCUGAGGCUGAGGAUUUAAUUCGGCGUCUUAUCUGUGCGCCUGAACAACGUCUAGGUCAACGUGGUGCCGAUGAAAUUAAAUCACAUCCAUUUUUUGCUGGAGUAGAUUGGGAGACUAUUCGUAAUAUUGAGGCACCAUUCGUUCCUAAUCUGAAAUCAAUCACUGAUACUAGCUACUUCCCUACAGAAGAUCUGGAAAAGAUUCCUGACACACCUCAGACAACUGGUACGCCAUAA